AUGAAGUUCUCCCUCCUCACCUUCACGGCCAUCGUGCCAUUGGUCUCCGCACACUUCAAGCUGAUGUACCCAACCUCCCGUGGUUUUGACGAGGAUACCAUGACCAAUUUCCCGUGUGGUGGAAUGAGCCAGUCUUCUGAUCGUACCAAGCUACCAUUGUCUGGUGGUUCAUUCCCCGUCGCUCUUGAGAUGCACCAUGCCCAGACUGCCGUUGAGAUCCUCCUUGCACUGGGCAACGAUCCUGGAGACAACUUCAACAUUGUCCUCUCGCCAACCUUUAAGGUCAGCGGCCUUGGCGAGUUCUGUCUUCCUCACGUCGAGAUCAAUCAGGAGUUGAUUGGCCGUAAUCUCACCGACGGAAUGAAUGCUACCCUUCAGGUACAGACUAAUGGUGACCCAAGUGGAGGUCUCUAUGCUUGCUCCGAUAUCCAAUUCUCCUCCGACAUCACAUACCAGACACCAUCUGCCUGUACCAAUAACACCAAUCUCGUUGCCACUGCCUUCCCCAAGGAUUCUGCUGCACGUAAUGCCAACGAGUCUACUGCUGAGGGUCAAGCACAGAGUGGAUCCUCGUCCUCUUCCACUUCCAAGGGUGCUGCUGUGCCGAUGCAGACCGCUGCUUGGGGAGUUAUUGGUGCUGCACUCGUCGGUGGCAUUGCUGCGCUGUAA